ACGAAGAGUACUAGGAUUGGAGUAUUAAACUUGAAACAAUACAAAUAGAACACAUCCACCAAAAACAUCCAAGCACAAAGUCUAUACCAACACUUUGACCAAAUGUCUGGUUGACACGUAUACUUGUCUGCUACAUCAGCAACAUCUUUAACAACACUGUCUCAUCAUUUUUAUUUAUUCAAAAAAAAAGAAGACCAUAUCAAUAUCAAUUCUUCCUCUUCUGGGAACAUUAUAUUAAAUUAUAAUUUUAAAAAUCCUUCUCUAUAUAUAUACACACACGUUCAAAUCAUUAAUCACAUCUUUACAUCAAAAUCUUAGAGAAAGAGAAUAGUCAGAAAAAAAAAAUGGGAAGAAGAAGAAGCUCACCGUCUUCAUCGAUAGAAAGUAGCUGCAAAAGCAACCCAUUUGGUGUCUCUUCGAGUAAUACUCGGAACCUAAGCACGGACCUGAGGCUCGGACUUAGCUUCGGAUCAUCGUCCGGACAGUAUUACAACGGUGGAGAAAAUCAUGAUGAAUAUGGAGUCGUUGCGGCUGAUCAUAAAAUGAUCAUUGAAGAAGAAGAUCAAAACGAGUGUAAUAGUCUCGGAAACUUCUACGUGAAGGUGAACAUGGAAGGUGUUCCUAUUGGAAGAAAAAUCGAUCUAUUUUCUCUUAAUGGAUACCAUGAUUUGAUCACAACUCUCGAUUACAUGUUCAACGCCUCAAUCCUAUGGGCUGAAGAAGAAGAUAUGUGUAGCGAGAAGAGUCAUGUGCUAACGUACGCAGACAAGGAAGGUGACUGGAUAAUGGUUGGAGAUGUUCCUUGGGAGAUGUUCUUGUCUAGCGUGAGAAGACUAAAAAUCUCAAGAACGUAUCACUACUGAUAUAAAAAGUAAAGCAAAGAUGGAAUCUAGGAUUUGACCAAUACAGUGUGGGAAGAAAGUUUUGUCAUGAUGUAAAUCACUUGUUUGUCGGAGAUUUAUUCAAAAUUUUGUUUUUAGUUUGUUACUUAAUGUUAGUAUUAUUCGGUUGUAACUUGUAAGGAUGAAAAAAAAAUCAGAUCCUUUUCAAGAA